AUGGCUGCGUCGCCCACGAUUGUGCUGCCGGGCGAUGAAAUCGCAAAGAGCGCCUUGCCGCAGGGAACAGGCAAAAAGAAGACUUUGACCAUUGGCCCCGGCCUGCGACACAUUCCCCCCGACACCGUCACAGCUACCAUUGCCGGCGCGCUCGUCACGGACAACCGCAAGAAUGCUGCUUCUGUCGAAUACAACAGUGGGAGGUAUCUCCCAUACACAGGCGACCUCGUCAUCGCAACCGUCAAUGGAUCCGCCGCCGAAAACUUCAAUUGCCUAUUAACGCCCAACACGGCGCCUGCGACACUCCCGCACCUCGCCUUUGAGGGCGCAACCAAAAAGAACAGGCCACAGCUCCCUCCCAACUCUCUGGUAUACUGCCGCGUCGCAAGCGCGGGCAAGGACCUACCGUCUGAACUGACAUGCGUGGAUCCGUCGACGGGCAAGGGCGAGGGACUGGGGCUGCUCAAGGGCGGCAUGGUAUUCAAAGUCAGCCUAGGCAUGGCGCGACGCAUGUUGGCUGCGCGCGGCGGAAUCCCGCUGCUGGAGACGCUCGGCACCAAGAUUGGGUUUGAAGUCACGGUCGGUAGGAACGGGCUUGUGCAUGUGGAUGGCGGGAAUGUCAAGGCGACGCUGGCGAUUGGCCAGGCGAUCCAAGAGGUGGAUUCGGCGGCGCUGGGCGAGGACGCGCAACGCAAACUGGCGGCUGCCACGCUGAAGCAGUGCUCGUAGUGGAACCAGGCACGUCUUCAGCUUGCAUCAGAGUAUCAGACAUGACGCCUUGUUCUGGUGGCGAGAGGAUUAUCAACGUCGUCAUCCUGUGUCCGACACAACUGGCGUAACGACAUCACCAAAUGGCGUCAUCGAAGCCAAAACACAACCUCACGCCAAACCCACGAGGGAAACCCUUCCAGAGCAACCGCAGCAUCUUAAACCAAGUCAUAAGAGUACCUCGGCCAGCCACAUGGACGCAGAAACCAGAGACUGAUCGAAAAGAAGAAAAAAAAGAAACUCGAAACCUCCUUCAUCAACGUCCAUACGAACCAAGCCAAAUACCCAUUCACGAAUCGAACUUUUAC